AUGGCUGAGGUGACCACUGCCCCCACUGAGACGCACACUCUCCUCAACGAGUACGGGGAUUACCACAACUGGUCCGAGCUGCUCCACCUCCUGAACUACACCCACACCUUCUGCGAGUUCAGCCUGGAUGAGAAUGUCAAGCGGGUGAUCCUCUUCAUCCUUUACCUGGUCAUCUUCGUGGUGGGCUUGGUGGAGAACCUCCUUGUCAUCUGGGUCAACUGGCAGACACGGGGCAACAACAGCUUGGUCAACAUCUACAUCAUCAACAUGGCUAUCGCUGACCUCGGAGUGCUGCUCUCACUGCCCAUCUGGAUGCUGGAGGUGAUGCUGGAUUACACGUGGCUCUGGGGCAGCUUCCUCUGCCGCUUCACGCACUACUUCUACUUCGCCAACAUGUACGCCAGCAUCUUGCUCCUCACCUGCCUGAGUGUGGAUCGCUACGUGUCCCUGACCAGCUCCUCCCUCUUCUGGCGCAAGCACCAGCGCCGCGCACGCCGCAUCAUCUGCGCCUGCAGCUGGGCCUUGGCAGCGGUCAUCCCGUUCCUGGAGGUCGCUCACAUGCAGCUGGUCAAUACCGGAGAGCCCAUCUGCAUCUUCAUGGCUCCCUUUGAGACCUACGACGCGUGGGCGCUGGCGGUCAGCUUGGCCACCACCACCCUUGGGUUCCUCAUCCCCUUCCCCAUCAUCACCAUUUUCAACAUCCUGACAGCCAGGUUCAUCAAGCGCACCAAACCAGAGAGCAGGAAGCACUGUCUGCUCAUCUACGCCUACGUCGUCGUGUUCCUCAUCAGCUGGCUGGCCUUUCCCCUCCUGCUUGAGGGCAGCCACAUCAUCCUCCACUGCACCUUCGCCCACUUCCUCUACUUCUUCUACGACAUCAUAGACUGCUUCACCCUGCUCCACUGCGUCAUCAACCCAAUCCUCUACAACUUCCUGAGCAAAAACUUCCGCAGCAAGCUCAUCUCCGCCGUGGUGAAGUACAUCCCCAAAGACCAGGGCAGCCAGAAGGGCGCAGACAAUUCCUCCUCCACCACGCAGCACUCCAUCGUCAUCACCAAGGACAACAACCUCCCCAAUUAA